UUCUGGCUUCCUAUCCUGGGAUGUCCCUGGGCUGUGGCUGAUCUGUCCUUACCCGCGCUGGGCGGAAGCGGCUUCCCAGGCCUUUCAACACCAAAAGGAGAAGGACGGUGUGGAGAAUAGGACCAAAUUCCACCUUUUGUGCGAACCGCUACCCGCUCCUGCCCGCCCCUCAGCAGGGUUCACGGCUGAGCGCUUUUCGGGACCUUGGCAUCACCGGUCUCCACAGCACCCGGAGGCGGCGUCCAGAGCUUUGUGCUCAUUUUACGUGGCAGAGACUGAGGUCCUAGGCUGCCUCGGUCUGAAGUGAGGAAUCACCUGAGGCCGCCGGACCAGCUUUUGUAGCCUCCACUCGCGGCCUCGCUCUGCCCACUGGGUCCCAUGGCUGCGCCAGCGUUGGCAUUGGUAUCAUUUGAAGAUGUGGUCGUGACCUUCACUGGAGAGGAAUGGAGGCAUCUAAACCUGACCCAAAGGACCCUCUACCAGGAGGUGAUGCUAGAGAUCUGUGGGCUCCUGGUCUCACUGGGGCAUCCUGUUCCGAAACCAGAGUCGAUAUUGGAUCAUGAGCAGGGACUAUGGACAGAGAAGAGGCACCUCUCCCAAAGCACCUGUGCAGGUGAAAAAGCAAAACCCAACAUCACAGCACCUACUGCUUCUCAACUGACCUUCUGUGAGAAAUCUUCUUUUCAAGAACAACUGGCACAGAGGUCCUCAAAGGAUUCCAGAUUGGGGCAAACCAGAGACGAGGAAAUGCAGGAAAUCGGAAAUGCAGAAUCAGAAAUGCAGGAAAGGAACUGGAGACCAGGAACAGACCCCUACAAGGAGACAUGCCCUGGAAAGUGGUGCCAUAAAAAUGAUGAUUUCGAGACAGAUGAUAAUCUGUGUUUAAGAGUUUUACAGGAGCGAGUCACUCCACAAGAUGCUGUCCAUGAACAUGACUCCCAAGGACCAGGAAAAGACACUGGGAUUAAUUCAAGGAGCAGCCUCUAUAAAUGCAAAGAAUGUGGAAAAGGGUUUUGCAAAAAUUGGGCCCUUGUUCGACAUCAUCAGAUUCAUACUGGAGUAAAGCCUUAUGAAUGCAGUGAAUGUGGGAAAGCCUGUCGUUACAUGUCCGACUUCAUUCGACAUAUGCGGUUUCAUACUGGGGAAAAACCAUACAAGUGUAAGGAGUGUGGGAAGGCCUUCAAACGCAGGUCUCACCUCACGGAGCACCAGCGUAUUCACACUGGAGAUAAGCCCUAUGAAUGCAAAGAAUGUGGUAAAGCUUUCACCCACCGCUCUUCUUUUAUGCAGCACAAUAUGACGCAUACUAGAGAAAAGCCCUUUUUGUGCAAAGAAUGUGGAAAAGCUUUUUACUAUAGCUCUUCAUUCGCCCACCACAUGAAGAUUCACACUGGAAAGAAGCUGCAUGAGUGUUGUGAAUGUGGAAAGGCCUUUACUCACCGCUCCACUUUUAUCCAGCAUAAUAUGACCCACACAGGAGAAAAACCCUUUUUGUGCAAAGAAUGUGGAAAAGCUUUUUGUCUCAACUCAUCCUUCACGCAACACAUGAGAAUUCACACUGGUGAGAAGCCCUAUGAGUGCAAUGAAUGCGGAAAGGCCUUUACUCAUCGGUCCACUUUUAUUAGACAUAAGAAGAUCCAUACUGGGGAGAAGCCCUUUGAGUGCAAAGAAUGUGGGAAGGCCUUUUGUGAUAGCUCUUCCUUGAUUCAGCACAUGAGGAUUCACACUGGUGAGAAGCCCUAUCAGUGCAGUGAAUGUGGAAAGGCCUUUACACACCACUCUGUUUUUAUCCGACAUAAUAGGACCCACAGUGGAAUAAAACCACUGGAGUGUAAAGAAUGUGCAAAAGGCUUUUAUUAUAGCUCAUCCUUCAUUCGACACAUGAGGAUUCACACUGGAGAAAAGCCCUAUGUUUGCAGAGAAUGUGGAAAGGCCUUUACCCAACCUGCAAAUUUUGUUCGGCAUAGUAGGAUCCACACUGGAGAAAAACCCUUUGAGUGCAAAGAAUGUGAGAAGGCUUUUUGUGACAACUUUUCCUUAACUCAGCACAUGAGAACUCACACUGGAGAGAAACCCUUUGAAUGCAGUGAGUGUGGAAAGACCUUCAGCCACAGUUCAUCCUUCACUCACCAUCGAAAGACUCAUACCAGAGUUUAAUCCAUUUUGUCUCAUCAACCCAGAGGUGGAACACCUAUAAUGAUAACUCAAACUGAGCAACAGAUAUACCCCUGGGGUCCCUCUGAAAUAAGUGUUUUUAGAGUUUUAUUCUUUUGAUGAGAGAAAAAAAAGGCCUCAUCCUCAGGAGAGAUGGACCAUUAAGGGUAGCCUUGCCAACACUUAUUAAAAGCAUUCUUUGUACCAAAAUAUUGUCAUUUCUACUCUCAAGUAGCAUAAGAUUUUGUGAGGAAAAAAAGCAUGAGACAUGAAAUACCCACAUGCAUACUUCUCUGUAUUUACAGUGAAUUCUUGUUAUUCAUAGUAGUUGUGUCCUAUGAAUUUGCAACACUGAAUUGGUAAAUAUGGAACCAUUGUUGAUAGGGGAAAUAAUACAGUUAGAGUCCCAUAAGCCUCUGGUCCAAACGUUUUCAUUAACCAAUAAAUUCAUGAUAUUUUUCAUUUUUAAUUUAAAGACAACUUAUAUAUUAAUAUGAAAAUAUAUAUAUAUAUAUUUGUUACCAGGGAUUGAACCCAGGAGCAAUUAACCACUGAGCCACAUCCCAGCCAUAUACAUGUGUGUAAAUGAAAUAUAUAUUUCAUUUACAGACAUAAUCUUGCCAAGUUGCUAAGGCUAGCUUUGAAUCCAAUAUAUAUUUUGUAAAAAUUUAUAAUUACUUUCCUUUACAAUAAAUGUUUUAAGUAUAGUAUUUUGGUAUAAUGUAUAUUAGUGUACUGCUUUAACUCAAUUAUAUACAUAACAUGCACAGUAUACCUGUACAAUACUCAUGUACAAUAAACACUAUGUUAUUCAUAGGAAACAGUACGUUGAGCAUAUGGUCUAUUCAUCCAGGCAAAUAAAAUCAUCCAUAGAAAAAAAUCUAUUAAAGAUUUAAAUUUUACUUUCAGUAGAGCUGCAGGAUGUGUGAUAAGACAGCACUCAGUGUGAUGAAACCUCUUGACCUUGACUUGCCCCAAGAAGAGGCUGAUGAAACUUAUUCUGCAGAAGAGUAAAACAUUUAUGAGGGUGACAUGUUAACAUCUGUUAGUGCUACCUCAAGAGCUUGACUCGCCACUUGUUGACAGUAUCAGGAAUUUUCCCUCCAAAAAUGGCUUGAAACUUUAUCAGCCCUGUUUGGCUUUUCACUUUAAGCAUUCCACACAAAUGAAGUUGGGGCAUCAAUCUGAAGUUGCAUUUAAGCAUAGGGUCAUAUUCUUAGAUGUCAUUGAACAUUUUUCCAAGGCAGAAUUCCAGUUUGAUAUUUUAGCUCCUGUGAAAAGGACAAUUUAUGGAAUAAGGCUGACUUUUUCACUAUCCUGUCAUUACUGGCUUCAGUGUCUCAUUUUGCAUCUCAUCUAUGUCUUCGUUGGUGGGUUCUAGGGACUUUCCUGCCAAAAUGUUCUCCAUAUUUUCAUGUCAUUGAUGCCUUUUCUGCUUACUUGCCUUGCACUGUGCAUUCUGUUCAAUACUGUUCUUCCUACUUUUUAUAAUUUUUUCAAAGCCUUCAAAAUGUUUCAUAUGAUCCAGUUACUUAAAUAUUUUUCCAACAAUCGUUGAUAGUGGCUUGUUGAGCCAAUUCCAGGCUUUGUCAGCACUAUAACUACAUAUAGUGACUGACUUCCAUUGGUCUUUCAUGGUGGUUUCCUAGGUGAUGAGAGCCUUGCAAGACUUGCUGUAAAGCUCCCUCAUGUUGAAACAUUUUGGAAGCUUUUUAAGUGUGCCCUGGUGUUCCCUGAUUGAGAGAUUGGAUAACAAAUAUAGCAUUAGGGGACAUGAAAAGAACAUCUAGUUUGGGGUGAGAAUUUUCAAGUUCUUGAUGGCAAUGGAAUAGGGCAUUAUCCAAAAUUAAAACCUUGAAGACAGGUUUUUGCCCUGAAGAUAGCAUUCAGCUUUGUAGGGUAUGAUGUAACAUGUGGGGCAUGUUGCAUCAGAAAAGAGGAAACCUAACUUGCUACCCGAUUCCCUGUCCUAGGGCCACAUGUGGCUAAGAUAGCACCUGGCUGUCAGCCAGAAGGUGUUGCCGUGGGUGUGACGAAAAAUCAGACCACCUCUAGGAUAGGCUCAGAACCCUUCGGCCCUCGUGGACAGCUCCCAUUACAGCCUGUAGGAUGGGUGUACACAUGAACUCGCCCCACUCUGCUGACCUUUAUCCUGAUUGGCUCCUGUACAUUAUGUUAGCUGUGUGUGUUUUCUCAAUAAACUGAGAUCCUGCUUUGACUGGU